GCUACCUGAUAAUUAUCAUCGCCAAGAUGAUAUUUUAAAGAUUGGACUAAAACUUCAGACUAUAAGAAAGCUCUUCCUCAAACAUUUCUUCCCCUAGCAGAAAGGAAGAUGGUGAAAUGUUUUGAUAUUCGACUGGAAAAAAGGACUUUUUUAGCAAGCAGAGAAAACGUUUUUACACACAAAUAUAUUUGAGAAAAUUUAUUUUUUGGACCGGUUGAUGAUCAACACUGAGUAGAUUAAAAAGAAGCUUUUUCUCACUUUAUCAUUAAGAUUUUCAGACAAAACUGAUCACGUAUUCCUAAUUAGUGAAUAUAGAUUUCAAAGAUACCUGAUAAAACCACUGUGCUCGAUGCUGUUUCAAGUAGGUUUAUACCAAGCACGAAACGCCUGAUAAAAAUAUACAGUUCACUAUCAAAUUUUAUAGGCAUAUUAUCAGAGACGUGACAUAUGGUCAUUGUACUUUUUGAUCGGGUUACCUAUGAUAGAUAGGAAUAAUAAUUAGGCCGAUUUUUGAAACCGAUCAGUUUUGUUAGCGAUAGGUCUAUCAAUCUGAUCAAAAGCGAACAAAAAAAAGGAAAAAAAACGAAAACGCCAGUACUGAUGAUGAGGAUCGAACUCAGUAUAUUAGGUGUCUGAACAACUUAUAUUUACUAAACCUACGUCUAAAUCAUUAGACUAGUAUGACUUCGUUCUUUUACCUUUAAAAUUUGUUUUAAAUAUUUUUUAAGUAAUAUAUUAAAGUUAUGUUUUCUGUCUGAAAAAGCAUUUUCGAGAGUUGCAACUGGAACAUAAAAUGUAGCAAAUUUAAUUUUCUAAAUUUUUUAUGCGGGAAUCAGAUUUUUUGAAAUCGUUCUUCAUGAUUAAAAACAGUAAAUAUUGUUUUUCUUCGUGAAGAUCGAUUUGUACAAAGUUGAGCCGUGCACCAUUACACAUUUAGGUAACACGUCAAAAGCUGCGAAUGUUGUUAAAUCGAAAAUUGAUAUUAGUAAAAUAAAAGUUUGGAAUUAUGAUGAUAUAACUUUGCCGAAAUUUGAUGAAAACAAUGCAGUAAUUGCAAAAUGGACCAUAUUUAAAGUAAGUGAAAGUUAG